AAAUAAUUAUUAAAAUUAAAAAUAAGCAUAACCGGAUGAUCUAAAAAUUAAAUAAAACUUCUCAUCUGAAUGUGCUGGGACUGGGGCUCUGGGAUCUGAUUUAGGGUUUGAAUCAUUUUUUUUAAUUGAAUCAUCUUCGAAACGAGCCUUAAGUUCAACGAUGGAUGCUGCUCGAUCUCAACAACGGUAUCAAAACGAGAUUAACUGGGACAAGCUUGAUAAAAAGAAAUUCUAUAUCAUAGGCGCUGGAAUUUUUACUGGGAUUACAGUUGCACUUUAUCCCAUUUCAGUUGUCAAGACAAGAUUGCAGGUUGCUGACCGUUAUGCUGCAGAAAAAAAUGCUUUUUCUGUGUUGAGGGGGGUUAUUAAAACAGACGGGAUUCCCGGUUUGUAUAGAGGUUUUGGAACAGUCAUAACUGGUGCAAUUCCUGCCAGAAUUAUAUUUCUCACGGCAUUGGAGACAAUAAAAGUAGCCGCUUUUCGGAUGGUUGAGCCACUCCAAUUAUCAGAACCUACACAGGCGGCCAUAGCAAAUGGUAUUGGUGGCAUGUUGGCAUCUCUUUGUUCACAGUCUGUAUUUGUUCCAAUUGAUGUGGUUAGCCAACGGUUGAUGGUGCAAGGAUAUUCAGGGCAUGCCAACUACACCGGGGGCUUAGAUGUUGUUAGGAAAGUCUUGAAAUCUGAAGGCGUUCGUGGAUUGUACAGAGGAUUUGGUCUCUCUGUUUUAACAUAUUCCCCAUCAAGUGCAGUUUGGUGGGCGAGCUAUGGUUCUAGCCAGCGCUUCAUAUGGAGCCUCUUGGGAUAUGGGACUGAGAAGGGUCUAACUGAUCCUAGCCAGGGAAGGAUAGUAUCAGUUCAAGCUGCUGGUGGAAUUUUUGCAGGAGUUACUGCAUCUUGUAUUACUACUCCAUUAGAUACCAUUAAAACGCGUUUACAGGUGAUGGGUCAUGGAAAUAACAGACCUAAUGCAAGACAAGUAGUGAAACAGUUGAUUGCAGAAGAUGGUUGGACAGGACUAUAUAGAGGACUGGGUCCAAGAUUUGUCAGCAUGUCUGCUUGGGGCACCUCAAUGAUACUUGCCUAUGAAUAUCUCAAACGCUUAUGUUCAAAGGAGUAAAUAGGUUCAUGAAUGCCACAGCGCCUUUUCAUGCUUGUGGUCUCAACUUCGGAGUCAAAACACGUGCACAUUCAGAGAGGACAAUGAAGUCUGAUGCUUGUAAUACUUUUGAGUGUGGAAAACAAACAUUCCUUUUCAGGAUUCUUUUGUAUAUGAAGGCAUGCAAAAUAAUACCAGUGAAACAUUCUUUCCUUUUGUUUUUCAUGAUUUCUCAAAUGUAAAACUACACAAACUCAGCUGUUUCUACUUUUCUGUGCAUCUGUAUAAGUGAGGUUUACAUAGGUACCGUAAUGGGUACUCAGCACAAGGAAUAGAUUUCACCAUGAGAUAAAGAUCAAAUCAGUUAUAGUCAUUCUAGGGUUCAUCAAUUGUGUGCACUAUGUUACUGGGGGUGGACCGUGGACCUGAUUGCGUUUUUAAACCAAAAAGGGACCAGUGCUUAGCCAGUUUUGCGGUACAAAGUCAGGAUUGUUUGUACGAUAUUUAACCAGGAAACAGGUGCCUAACAAGAUUCGGAGCCAAAAUGUUCAGAUUUGGACCAGACCGUUGUAACUUGGCCUGGUUUCGAUUCUUGCCUUGAUAGAACUGGAACUGGUUGGUCUGGAGUCUGAACUGGAAAUGGAAAUAUGGAAUAAGGCACGUCAACACAAUUCAGAGGCUUUACUACAAGCAGAUUUGCAAGGUUACCAGGAUAAACUUCCGGCCUUCAAGAAUGAAGUUGGGUUUCACUCGAUCAAGGAGCGGGGUGUCAAGCUCUAUCAAACUCAAGUUGUUUUAGGUUCAGAAUCUUCGGGAGAUUAUUUAGAUUUUGAUGCGGUUUCAGAUGAAGGGUCUUCGGGUGAUCAAGAGAGGCUUGCUCGACUAAGUGAUCCUAAUUAUAAAAUGGCUACUCAACUUAAGUUUAGACGAAGUGCUCAACUUCAGGCUAAAAACGGGAUUAAGAGUGUGGAUCAUUAGCGUGUUAUUUCAAUAACCGGAAGCCGAUUAUACUUCCCCACUAAAUCUUGUGCGUGGUUAUUUUAAAUACACAUGCAUCGCUAAUAUAAAACAAAGUUCUAGAAUAUUUAAAACACAAUGGAUUAAAGAAUUGAUUUAAAAAA